GACUUGCCCCCCUCCUUCCCACUGCUGGGAACAGUCAAGAGGCUGAACCACAAAGUGAAAGUAUGUUCUUAGCUUGUGAGAUGUGCCACUUGGACUGGACUAUAGGGAGAUUGGAAUCAAAUUGAGAAAGGCCUUAACAUGGCAUUGGUCUUCAGCUUGUCCACUCUCAUGUUUCUCCUCAUCACUGGGAUGGAGACAUCCAAAAGUCUAAGUCAGGGCCCAGAUUUGAAGCAGGUCAUCCAGGUGGACUCUGGGAAGGAUGCAGUCCUAGAGUGCUCUGUGAACUUCAAUGGGAUAUCCCCUGGUAAUGUAAACAUAGAGAAGGUUGUGUGGUGGAGGCUGGACCAGAAUGGUCUUCACAAAGGUGGACCUGUGUUCAUAUGCAACAUAUUCAAUCAACAAUCCUCCAAUCCCAGGAUGCCACUGAGCCCAAAAUAUCAGCUUCCCAUGCCACCUGCCAAUGAGAAAGACAAAGUUGUGUCCCUGUUGGUCAAAGAAACCCAGCCUGAAGACGAGGGUCCGUAUGAGUGUGUGGUGAACACUGACAGUGGAAUCACAAAUUGUAACUUCAUGCUGAAGGUCACAGGUAACCUCACAGUACGAGACCAGCACCAGGGUCCUGGAAAUGUUGCGGAUAAACAGGAAAUUCCAAAGAACAGUUACAUGAGUGUGGCUGCUGUAUGUGUGGUAGUAGGCACUCUUGCCAUUGGACUGCUGCUUCUCAAGCUGUUUCAAGCCAGAAGACUCAGACAAGGUUGGACCAAUGGGAACGUGCCACACUGUAAGUUCAGGACGGACAUUCCUAACAGAUGUUGAACUGAAAACCAACUAUUUCCAUGGAUAAUUCCCUAUUACAGAAAAACCACUAUUUCCAUUGAUCGUUGUUACUCUAUUGACUUCUCAUCCUCUGUCUCUGCAUUGUGUAUUUAUCUUUGAAAUAUUCUUAUUGUUGGUAACAGGCUGAUUGGUCAGCUAUUUGAGCGGUAAAAGGGGCUUUACUAUUCUUGAGUAGCGGAAUGACUUUUGCUUCCCUCCAGACCUGAGGGUAAACACUUUCUAGUAAGCUUAGAUUAGAUAGGCAAUAGGGUCCGCUAUUAUUUUCAGUAAUUUUCCAUCCAAGUUGUCAGACCCCCGUUGCUUGUCACUGUUGAUGGUGACAACCCUAAGCAGUUCCCUCCCUAUCCUGCAGUUCAGAAGGACGACUGUACCUUUGGUGUGUCUGGGCCAGUAAAGACUGCUGAGGGGAGGAUGGCUCAUAAUAAUGGCUGAAAUUUAGUCAAUGGAGUGGUAUCAACCAUAUGGAAACCAUGUCUUUGAUGUGUUUGAUACCAUUCCAUUUACUCCAUUCCAGACAUUACUAUGAGUCAUCCUCCCCUCAGCA